AUGGGCGUGCGGGGUUCCGGUCCAAACCGGAAGUGGACCCGCCGGACGGGUUUGCUGGUGCGCCACCCGGAAGCCCCGGGGCGCCGACAGGGCCGCAGCCGCAGCCACAGCCGUAGCCGUUCCCGGCCUCCGGCCUCGGCUCACCACGGCCACCACCACGGCGGGAAGCUGUGGCCCGAGGACUACGAGAAAGAGAAGGAGGAGCUGCUGCGGCAGAGGAGACUAAAUGAGAGAGAGAGAAUUGGAGAACUGGGAGCACCUGAAAUCUGGGGGCUUUCACCAAAGGUUCCUGACCCAGAUUCUGAUGAGCAUACUCCAGUGGAAGAUGAGGAGGCAAAAUCUAAAAGCAGCUCUUCAGAUUCCAGUUCAGAAGAAGAGAAAAAGAAGAAGAAAAAGAAAAAGAAGAAAAAAUCAUCAAAAAGGAAACGCAAAAAGCAUUCUGAGGACAGUGACAGCGGGUCUGACUCUGAGCUGAACUCCAGUGAUGAAGAUAAAAAGAAAACCAAGAAGAAAAAGAAGCACAGAAAGAAAAAGUCAAAGAAGAAGAAGAAGAAGAGAAGUCGUAAAGAAUCUAGUGAUUCCAGCAGUGAAGAUUCGGAGGAUGAAGCGCUUCAAGGGGAAGAUCUCUGGAUUGAGAGAUCAAAAAAUACAGAAGCUGACAGUUUGAUUGGGCCAGAAGCUCCAAAAUCGCAUGCCUCACAAGAUGACAGGCCUUUGAACUACGGCCAUGCUUUGCUGCCUGGUGAGGGUGCAGCUAUGGCAGAAUACGUAAAGGCUGGAAAACGCAUCCCCCGAAGAGGUGAAAUUGGCUUGACCAGUGAAGAAAUUGCAUCAUUUGAGAGUUCUGGCUAUGUAAUGAGCGGUAGCAGGCAUCGGCGAAUGGAGGCUGUGCGUCUGCGUAAAGAGAACCAGAUCUACAGUGCAGAUGAAAAGAGAGCGCUGGCAUCUUUCAACCAGGAGGAGAGGCGGAAGCGAGAGAACAAGAUCCUGGCGAGCUUCCGGGAAAUGGUCUACAGAAAAACUAAGGGCAAAGAAGACAAAUAGAUAUCCUUGUGGGUGGGCAGCACUGAUUGCAGUACACAGCAGCUAACCUGCUCCUGCGAUUUGCAAGGAGCUGUCCAGUGGUAUAGUGCCUUCUGUCUGACCUUCUGGCCCUCUGGAAUAGAUUGCUUGUUUCGAAGAAGCACAAUUACUCGUGGGUAGUUUGCUUGAACAGUUCGUUCCCCAGCUGCAGGGAACUGCCAUAAGUGGCAGUACAGAAUCUUGGGUAAUGAAAAUGAGCAGCACAAAGGGAAGGUUUGUGAUCAGAGUGAUGGAAAUGUGCUGUAUUAGUGAAUCGGACACAGCAGGCUGCCACCAUCUGCCUCAGGAGGGACGGGUCACCUGCUGGUGAUAUGGAUAAAUGCCAUCUCCCAUUUAUUUUGACCAAUGACUAUAGACUUGUCCAUCAUAAACUGGCUACUUGUAGUAGCAAAACCUAGGGAAUUCCUGAGCUUCAUUUACUUACCUUUCUAAGAACCAAACAGUUGGAUCGUUUGUACAGCUACACUUGUAUGUAGAAAUUUGUAAUUAAAUAUGGAUCGGCUUCCAUUACUUGCAGAUACUUCUAUUGCAAUCGAUGUAUGCUGUCAAAGUAGUAACACUGAGGGUUACUACUGACCUAGAACCUGCAAAAGCCUGGGGGCCGACUAGCUGGCCUCCUUUUGGGGUAUGCUGUACGUUGAUCUCAGUGCAACAGUAGAGCUAGUGGAAGCCCUGGACAUACAGAGGCAGGAACUGCAGAUGCAUCUUUCCAUUCUGAAUUUCUUGGUUCUUGGAGAUGUUCCAGAACUAACCCUUCACAUUACUUUAAUCUGGGACCUUGACCUCCUUUGUCUGAGCAAUAUUACAUUGCUUUUAAGAGCUGUGUUGGAAGGCUUCUUCCAGAUAAUGCUUAUUCAGUGUAAACUUACUGAGUCAUCAUCAGGCAUGUAUUUGAGAAAGCUCUCUCCUUUAUAUGCUUUAACUUAUGCAUCCUGACUUUUUUUUUUUUUUUAAAUAAAGCAUUUUCCUGAGGCUUUUUUUUAAAUCGCUGGGUUUGGUGUGCUUGUGGUGGAAAUAAUUUAUAUGUUUCUAUAAACACCUACAAAAAAUCC